AUGGGAUGGGAUGUGGCCCAUAUUGGUUCUCCAAGAGCCCAUCUGUAUGGGUGUGGCCAGUUGUCCCAAACUAUGUCAUCGCCUCGCUUGCUGUACGAUUCCGACCCAGCCCGCACAUCAAGAUCACUGGUCAUUCCCAGCCAUCGACCAAUUUGCAGCAUCCCGGAUCUCACGUUCUUGGAUCUUCGAUCCACUUCUAGCCGCGCACAGCGAGUCCAGCGAGGCCAGUCUUCUCGAUCGUUGUUUGCACGCGUGUCGCGUGACAAGGCGUGAAUUCACUGUGCUCGUGCAAGCGCGACCUGUGCUGGAACAAUGUGCGAGUCGCUCCCAUGGCGGAACAGCGAUUCUUGGAUCGACGGCGUCCCUCCAAGAAUCAUCUGAGCGGUUUGUGGCGAGCCCCCCCGCGGCUCGUUCCUCUGUCCAUCCUGGGCCACCGCUCCAGUGACGCGCGGCUUGGCCCAAGGAGGGCGCUCAGAUAACGCGCGUCACUCAACGGGCGUGGUGCACACACACCGCAUGACAGGCAGCCCACCAUCACUGCUUGUACUCGUCAGUCAUUCAGAGCCGGCUCUUCUGCUCCUCUCCUAAUAGCAGGCCCCGAUUCCUCUCCCCCCUGGAGUCCCCCCCAGCCCCCCUCCCGGAGUCUCUCUUCGCGCCCCUGUCAGCGGCCCUCCCAGACAGGCUCUCUGGCGCCUCCUUCACUCAGGGCCGGCCCUUGGUGAAAGGCAGGGUGUUUGUGUGCUAUGUGGCCAGGUUGCGUCCCACCCGCAGCAACGGGAAAGUGGUUGGCGACAAAGGAGUGAAGUAACCGGGAAAGUCUGGUUGAAGGGAGUGAAGUCCGUUGCAGGUGGACACUACGUAGUGACGAAAUUACGUGUUGACAACAUCCGGUCUGGAGGGACGCAGCCUCAAGUGCACGCCCUUUCCUCCUGCCUGGAGGGUGCAUUCAAGGAGUGGGAAGUGAAUUUCCCAUGGCAGAGCAUUGCAGGCAACCGGGGUCAUCUGGCAAAUCGGUACAGCUUCAUCAUGGCGAUGGUGUAUGGUCCCGAGACAAUGAUCGCGGUUUGGACAGCUGUCCAGGCCUCUGUUUCUGCGUUGGGCAACCGUCUUUACGUUGUGUCUCAUCCGUACAACAACUACACACUCUGCGGGAAGCUGAAGCGGAAGCACCUGGGGUUGAGAAAUUAGAGCAUUGCCACUCAACUUUCCCACUUCUGGAGCCUAUUGUAUGCAGGGUUUCAGCUAGGAUUUAUGGCUGUCUGAAAAUCAGACGGGGUUCCAAAGUUUCGUCUGACCAUCAGACGAAAAAAUUCAAGGAGUCUGAGAUUUCAUACGAAUUUUUCCCGCAUGUCUGAACAUUCAGACGAAAAAAUCGCCGCAAGAAACAUCGCCACUUGCA